AUGCAUGUACUCGACAAUCAAAUAAGAAAUCUUCUUCUAAACGAUGAUAGACACCUAACAUUUGAUUUAAACGGUAAACAAGUAAAGAUUUCAUUAACUGAUACUCUAGAGCUUGUUUCAUACAUUGUAUUGGAUAUAACGAAAGAAAAUAAAAAUAUUCCAUUACCAACAGCGAAAGAAAUAAGUAUUGAAUUGAUUAAGUAUCAAGUGGGCGAGAAAUUACUUUUGUGUGAUCAGCUAAAUGCUCAAUUUCCCAAUAUUUAUCAAUUUGUCUGCACACCUUCAGAUCAAUUGCUUCAUACUGAUAUGAAGAAGAAAAUCUAUAUCAAUGGUAUUUCUGCUCGAAUAUAUUAUUGUGCUGAUUGCAGUUUUUUUGAAAAUUUACCUAAAUCAAUCACUCAACAAGAUUUGAAAGAAGCAAUUGAACAAGAUAUUGAGCAAGGAAACAUCUCAUCCUCAUCUCUUCAUAUUCAACUAAAUGAACAGACGCGCGAUGCAUGUGUUAUUGUCACUGAUAAAGCACGCAAAUGGGUAACAACAACACAUCUAAAUCUUCAUGGUAAAUCAAUAUCGAAGAAGAAUGGUAUGAUUUGUCGUUUACUACUUUAUCCAGUUCCUCAAACAUAUAAUAUGCAACAAAUUUUCAAUCACGAAAUAUUUCAUGGUAAAGUGAUAAGUCAUGAGCAUAACGAUCAGACUCUUACGCUUGUAUUGUCAGAUAAGAAGACUUUUGACGAAUGUUUAAAGUUCGGAAUACUUAAAGUUAAUGGUGACAUUUUUCAUAUAAAAACUUCGAGUGAGUCAACUAAUUCAGAAGGUAAUGAAAUUAAUGCAGCUACAUGGUAUAAAGCCGAAAUGCUUCAAUACAAACCGGAUAUUAUGCAGUUUGUUGUCACUCCUGAACAUAUUAUUUUUCAUUACCGAUGGAAUGCUACGGUAUGGCUCGAUGAAUUCGAACGUUCACCAACUCAUCCUCGCGAUUCAAAAGCUACAAAAUCCGACAACAUCCGUCAUUUACUACGCACGACUGUGAUGUUAAAUACAAUUGCUGCUAUACGUAAAAAGAGUUAUAUACUUGAUGGUCAAGAAGUGAAAUUGAAUCUUAACAAUAAACUAAAAACAAUUGUCUAUGAUCAUAAGUCGAAGUUAGAACAAUGUGACAAUAAAACAUUGACAAAGACUCCAUACGAAAAAACAACUGUAGAAGUUGUUCAAGAAGAUUGUCUUGUAAUAUAUGAGGAUUUAUUCAAAAACAACUAUCAUCCACUUUUGCUUAAUAUGGCUAAUGCGACAACUCCAGGCGGAGGCUACAGAAAAGGUGAUGGUGCACAAGAAGAAAAUCUCUUUCGACGAUCGGAUUAUUUUCGAAGUCUUGAUAUUGAGUUUGAUGAAUAUCAGGAACAGCAGUCUGAUCGUUUCUAUUGUACAUCUGACUGUCAAAUGAAACGUAUAGAGAAUCAAAAACGUAUCUAUCCUAUGGAUGAAUUUGGUGCUAUUUAUACAUCGGGUUUAACUGUGUUUCGUCAAUCAGAAGACCAUGGUUAUGAAUAUAUGAAACAACCACUAGGAAACGUAUGUGCCGUAGCUAUGGCCGCUUAUCGAGAACCACGAUUAGAAGACAACAGACUAACAUCUCAAUAUGCUGUUGGAAUGAGAAAAAAGAUUGAAAAUAUAUUUGCUAUUGCUUAUCAUCAUAAACAUGAUUCUCUUGUUCUAUCCGCACUCGGCUGUGGUGCUUUCAAAAAUCCACCUGAUCAUGUUGCAGAGCUCUUCAUGUCAGUUAUUGAACAAUAUGCUGGUUUUUUUAAAACAAUUAUAUUUGCGAUUAUUGACGAUCAUAACACGGGUCGUCAUUUCAAUCGAGAAGGUAACUUUAAACCAUUCCAAGUCUUGAAUGGAAGAUCUGUAACACCAUUUAAACCAAUGAACAUACCAAAUGCGAUGUUUGGUCCCUACCGACUUUUAUCCGAUGGUGAAACUAUGAGUGAUGUUUGUAUAUUUGAUUCGACACCGUGCCAAUCUGGAGCACAAUGUAAGGAGAUUCAGAAUUCGAAUCAUGCUCGAAAUUUUUCUCAUCCACCGGUAUGUGCUAUGUCAUAUGGUGAUGGUAAAUGUUCACAAUUAGGUGAUAGUGUUCAUAUGCAAUCAUUUAUUCAUCAAAAACAAUGUCCAGACGGUGGUGAAUGUCUACAGAUUGAUAAUGAAAAACAUAAGCAGCAAUUUGAGCAUCCAUCUUAUUGUUCGAAAGGUAGUGCUUGUCAAAAUAUGGAUCAAAAACAUUUGCGUGAUAACCGUCAUCUGCCAUUAUGUCCAGAAUCGCAAAAAUGUAAGGAUUUUCAGAAAAAUGUAAAGCCUCAUUGUAAUUUAUAUCGCCAUUGUGCACUUAACUGUCCAUAUGGAGGUUAUUGCAUCCAUUUUCAUGAUGAAAACCACAGGAUCGAACUUCAACAUCCAUUUCGUACUCCUUGUCCAUUUACUCCAUAUCAUUGUCGAUUUCACAAUGAACUAAUGAAAACAUCAAAAAAUCACUCACCUUCUGAAACUAUUCGACAGCAUUGCUCGCAAUUUGCACAUGUCUGUCCAUUUGGCCGCAAUUGUACGGAUACGGAUCCGAAACAUAAAAAUGAUUUUAUUCAUGUAGCUCGUGUUAUUUGUUCUCAGAAUGACAAUUGUCCAAAACUUAAACAAGAAGAUCAUCUUAACUCGUUUUCACAUAAGAAUAUAAGGGAUAUACGAAGUUUAUGUGACGAUCCAGUGUGUAACAAGCGUGAGGAUCCUUCUCACUAUACUAGAUAUCGUCAUAUUAUUCAAUCUGAAGAUGACACAGCCGUUAAAUAUCAUGGUGUGAAUGCAAAUAUCGAUUUUGUUGAAAAUCAAAAGAAUAUCAUCGCAGGUAUUAAUAAUUUUUUCAAAAAUCAACAAUCCACACUACCUUCAAUAAAAAAUGUUCCGGAAAAGAUUCGUGAUUGGCUAUGCACUGUUCAACCUGUGUAUCGAUGUAAUUCGAUCACAUUCGAAUCGAUUCUUUAUUCUGGAUAUGUCAUGAGUCAAGACUAUAUGAAACACUUGGAAAACCCAAAAUUUCUUGCCGAUAUUGUACUUCAACAUAGCUAUAUACAGCGAAUUGAUGCUUUGAAAACAACUUCAACACAGCAGAUUGCCAAGGAAUAUAUCAUCGCUUUGAUUAAUAAAGAAUAUGGAAAAAAUAAUGGCACAAAUUUAGAAAGAAUAAAGGAAGAUCUGUCACAUUUUAUAUCUUCUGGCGAUAGAAAUACAUUAAAAAUCAUAGUACAAAAUAUGAUACAAGUAUCUACAAAAUUGCAUUCAAAUAUGAACAAUCUUAGUCCUGUAUCUGAUAAUGCCGUGUCGUGUAUUCUCGGACCGAAUUUAGGACAUUAUUAUGGAGAUAUAGUUAUUGUUUUUAAACGAGAAAUUUUACAUCAUCCUGAUACCAGUGUCUCUAUACAAAGUGCAUCGUCAUUUGCCAGUGGAGACAUUUUUCGUCACUGCCCAUGGCUUGGCAAGGAUUCAAAAACAAACAAUAAUCGAGCAGAACUUUAUUACAAAUCAAAACUACAAGCAUCAAUACCAGGAUUUGUACCAACUGUAGCUAUGCAAUUGAUAGCUAUGACUUCUAUUGCAUUCGGCCGAACACCAACGGGUAUUAAUCUUGAAUCAAUUUUGAAUCGUUGGAUGCAAGUUGAUUCACAUGAAACUAUUGAAGCUAAUUUACCUCAACUCAUUCCAACAAGCUACAUCGAUCAUAUCUACAUACCGCAAAAUAUAUUUAAUUCACUUAACUCUGACGCACGCAAGAUGAUAGAUGCUAUUUUCAAAGAUCGCAUCACAAAAAUCUCAUAUAAUGGCGAUUCUAACCCACCAAUGAAACCAUAUGGUCCAAAGCCUGAGGCAAGAUCACGCAUUGAUUAUCAAGAUGCUGUUGUAGAAAAACUGAUCGAUCGAUUUAGUCAACACCCUGACAACUCGAUAGUGAGACCUAUUCAAGGCUUUGCUAUAACAGUAUCACCAUCACAAUUUAAUAAUCAUAUUGUUGUACCUUUAACGAUAUCACAAGCAUAUUCUCAAUAUCGUAUUGAUUGUUCACAACGAUCACGUGAGAAUACAAUUUAUAUCUAUUGGCAAGUGUUGAAAGGUGAUAUGAUGUUAACAUUAUCAAAUGAACGAAUUGAUUCAAGCAAACAAGUAUCAACUGUACGCAGUUUGAUUUGUUACGUCGCUGAAAAGCCAGCGCCAGACAGUACUCAAUAUCACGAAAAUGCUUCGUAUUUAAAUAGUGGCUUUCCACAUCAACAUGACGCAGUCAUUCGUAAUUGCAAUUAUGCAGCAAAUUCAAACACAUUCUAUAUUGGAUGUAAUACAGACGAUUUUAUGACUUUUUGUCUUGAAAUUCAACGUUCAACGGGCAAAAUCACUCUUUCUCAUGCUGGUCCUAAUUCACUCUACAAUCAUACUAAUAUUUCUUACACCUUUGGUAAAACAGAACUUGAUCUAUCUCAAUUAGAAUUUGUUCAUAUUAGUACUGGUACACAUACAGUACCAAUUCGAAAUUUGAUGAUUUGGUUUGAUAAACAACCUGAUCUACAUCCAACACCUGAUAAACAAUUUAAGAUAGAUUCUAGUCCGGCCGAUGUUGGUGAUCAAGAUUUACCUCUAAUUCCGUGUCCUGACAACGUCAAUUGUCUUCUUCAAUUGUCACCCAAUGAAACAACUCAUAAUUCCAAAUAUUCACAUCCAUGUCGUUUCUCCGAACUCUGUCGAAAUCAUGAACCAUAUUUAACACAUGAGCCUCAUCAAGUACCUAAUUGUCAAUAUGAUGAUAAGUGCGACAAACUAAUUGAUCCAAUUCAUCGAGCAUCUUAUCGUCAUACAGACUGGCCUGAUUUCCUAGUACCAUGUCGGUUUAGACAGGAAUGUCGUGAUAAAUCAGACAAACAUCGUAUCAAAUAUUCGCAUGGUGAACAAGUUAUUAAAAACACCAGACUAGCAGGUGUACAAGAUGAUAUGAAAUUUCAGCAUAAUCAAUCAUUAGUGAAAAAAGAUCAAAGGACACCUUGCAAGUGGGGCCUGGGAUGUCGAGAUCGUGGAAAUAGGGAACAUUACGAGAAAUAUUCUCAUUCUGGGAAUGUCUUGACACCUGAUAAUCGUGCAAAUUCCUCUGCAAGAGGCUUUCAAGGUCCACCGACGACUCAUACAAGACGAACAUAG